AUGGAGACGGGAGGAGAAGAGGUUGUUGAUAUAGAGAUUAAUAAUCAAGACCAAGCUGAUUGCUUUGAAUCUGAGCUUAAAAAUCAAGAGGAAACUGUGGAUCAUGGAGAGGACAUUGACAACGGAGAUGAAAGUGAUGUUGACACGGACAUCGACACUGAUGAGAUUCCUGAAAGUUUUCUAGACCUUGACGUCUGGGAAAAACUUGGAAGGAAGCUAGAAGACUUUACUUUAGCAGAAAUGAAACAACUUUCCUUUAGAAGCCACCGCACGUGCAUUCAAUUCUACAAGAUGUACGCUAAGGUCAAAGGGUUUGGAAUUCGUCGCAAGCAUACAACAACAAGCAAAAUUGAUGGGCAUCCAACUUCCCAAAAGCUUUGGUGUAAUAGGGAAGGGUUUCGAGAAGCAAAGCAUUUGAAUAGACCUGAUAGGAAGCGUAAGGAAAAGGCAGUAACACGCUGCGGUUGCAAUGCAUCAAUCAGUUUCAAAUGGGAUCACAGAUCCGAUUCAUGGUACGUGAAAGAUUUUGUACCUGAGCACAAUGGGCAUGACCUGAUUCCUAUGAAUCAGAUGUAUUUCGAAAGGAGCCAUAGAGAAGUCACCGAAGGUGAUAAGUUUCGUAUUAAAGCUUUAAUGAACUCUUGA